AUGUCAACGACGGUUCCAGAGACGCGUCAGUCCUCUAUAAUGGUGGCGGUCAGACUGAGACCAUUUACUGAUUACGAAUUGGCACAUCUAGUAAGGGAAGAUAUGGCGGGCGUCAACUAUCAACUGGGGGAUUCUACUUUAACAUUGCCAGGCGUCGAAAAUUCAACUCCCACCAAAUUGCAUAUCAAUAAACAUAGGCCUCAAGGUCUUCGGCAAAUCGUGGACUGUGUAGACGACAAAAUGCUCAUAUUCGAUCCCGCCGACAGUAAUCCGCUGCGUAGGAUCAGCGAAACAGUUUUGAAUUCCCUUGCGCCUCCGCCAAGCAGUGGGGGUAUACGGUCGCGCAGCAGACGCAGCGGUGAGCAAAAGUUUGUUUUUGACAAGGUUUUUGACGUGAAUUCGACGCAGUUGGACGUCUACGAGGCAACCGCACGCCCGCUGCUCGACGCUGUGCUGGAUGGAUUUCAUGGCACAGUUUUUGCAUAUGGAGCUACCGGGUGUGGCAAAACGUUUACCGUGAAUGGCCCCCCCGAGAAUCCUGGCAUCGUUUUUCUGACAAUGCAAGAUCUGUUUGCGAGAAUCGAGGAAUUACAAGAUACGAAACGGUUCGAACUCAGAGCCUCUUACUUGGAGAUCUACAACGAGACGAUUAUUGACCUCUUGGAACCUACCACCCCACCCAAGAAGCUGGUUAUCAGAGAAGAUGCCAAUAGGCACAUCAGUGUGGCAAACCUAUCGCACCAUGUGCUACACACUAUCGAAGAUGUUAUGGAUCUAGUUGUGCGUGGCAAUUCUAAUCGUACCACAUCGCCAACUGAUGCCAACGAAACUUCUUCGAGAUCACACGCUGUAUUGCAAAUACACAUAACACAGAAAAAUCGAACAGCGGAAUUAACAGAAGACCAUAAAUUUGCAACGUUGUCCAUCAUAGAUCUAGCAGGAAGCGAAAGGGCUUCUGCUACCAAAAAUCGCGGAGAAAGAUUGCACGAGGGCGCUAACAUUAACAGAUCGCUUUUAGCAUUGGGAAACUGUAUAAAUGCGCUUUGUGUCAAUGGAAGAAGGCAAUCUGGGAGCCACGUUCCUUACCGGGACUCCAAACUCACAAGAUUACUGAAAUUUUCUUUAGGAGGAAAUUGCAAAACGGUAAUGAUUGUGUGUAUCUCCCCGAGCAGCUCACAUUACGACGAAACGUUAAACACACUCAAGUAUGCUACAAGAGCCAAAGAGAUUAAAACAAAAAUCAUAAGAAAUCAGCAUUCCCUGGAUCGCCAUGUCGGCUCGUACCUUAAGAUGAUUUCAGAACAACGGCAAGAAAUUGACGAAUUGCGCAGACGCGAGGGGAAGAUAGUAGAGUUGAAGUUGAACACUUACAAAAUAGCUAGAGAGAAACUUCAUCUCGCAUUAUGGGAUAGCGUUCAUGCACUCCGAAACAAUUAUAAGACAGCCGAGAAGUUCCAGCAUUUGAAAAUGAUGAAAUCAUUGAUGCUAUGCAAGCGGCGAUUUCUGCAAAUGGUUAGUGUGGAGCUAAACAUUCUCCUCAAACAUGUCGACCAGCGCUCUGACGUUUACGAAAACUGCCUAGCACUACAGGAGCAGCUGAUGCUCAAAGUGAAAGACUUAGAGCGGAGUUUCGAUACCCCUGACGAACUUGACAUGGCUCUAGAACGUAGCCGAGAAGUAGACUUGGUGAAAUUGCAAGAAAUGGAUGGAUGGAUAGGAACUAUAGAUCUACCGCUCUACGAAAGUCUGUUGUAUGGCGUAUCAGAGUCCCUAAGGAACGAGAUCCUCGUGAAUUCCUCAAUAAUAAUGGAAAAAUUGUUGGAAGACGAGACCUUGGUGAAUAGGUACAAAUUUGUUUCCAACACAUUACUAGAGCGCAUUACGAAUGCAUCCCAUCAAUUUUCUGGAGAAACCAACGAGAAAGAGGAAAUUCAUGAUUUGUCACGUGAACUACACGCUGCCAUCCAAGAUUUAGUAUCCAUUGAUGAGGAAUUUGAACGAUUUGCUGCUAGCGUUCGGAUAGAGAAUCUGUCUAUCGCAGCAGCUGCCUCUUUCCAUCCGAAGAAAUCCAUCUCGUAUAGGAAACCAGCUAAAGUGGUGAAAUCCAAUAGUGGCUCACCAUCUCCGGUUCAACGACGGGCGUACAAGCCUGCAAAGAAAGUUAGAUGGUCUGAAUUGCAACCGGGAAAUGAGACUUCAAUGAUGAUGGACGAAGACGACGCCUACAAUGAUUCGCUUAAUGUCGCUGCCGGCAGGACCGAGUUUUUUGAUGAGGAUAUCAGCAUGCAAGAUGAACAAGGAACACAAGAAAAGGGAGAAACGUGUCAACCAGCGAUCGCGUUGACCGCGGCCGGUAAUGGCAAACUACGUAAAAUGUCCCUCACGGCUACGGCUCUGGUGAGAAACAAGGAGAACAAGAAUAGCAACGGGAACAAUCAAUUCCCUCCACAUGACAAAGUACGUACAUAA